AUGUGGCGGCACUGCAACUGUCCUCCACUCGUGCAGGUGGGGCAGGAGGCGCGGCCGCAGGCGUCGGCGGUGGUGCGCGGGCCGCGCCGCGAGACCUACGACAACCGCGUCACCAUCCUGGGGCUCUUCGAGCUCACCAUGCACGGCGUGGACCGGCCGCACGGCCGCAGCGAGCUGGCCGCCGCCAAGAUGGCCGUGAACAGGAUCAACCAGCUCGGCCUCAUCAAGGGCUACACGCUGCAGCUCAUCUACAACGACACCAAGUGCGACCCGGGCGCGGGGGUGGACGCCUUCUUCCACGCGCUGUACGCGCUGCGCUCGCGGCUCACCCUGCUGCUGGGGUCGGCCUGCGAGGACGUCAGCGAGAGCGUGGCCAAGGUGGUGCCCUACUGGAACAUCGUGCAGACCCUCAACACUGUACUUUUGAGGAAAAUUAAAAAAAUUCCGAGACAGUUUAAUUAA